AUAACGUUGACUGAGUGCCAUCGAGGAGGGUGAUACGUACAACGAGACCGCGUCAGAGGUAACCGGAGAAUCCCUUCGGAGCGAUAUGAGAUCAGGCGAUCUGAGAUUUCAUCGAGACAAUCUCGCGAAAAGCGUUCCUGAUCUGCGCUUAAACGUCGGAGCGCGGUUCCAUCGAACGAAAGACUACGUGUACCUACAGCCGUGUGGCCAGCUGUGCGGUGGUGACGGUGUCCGACGUAUCAGAAGCCGGUCGGUGCCCGAAUUUACAACUCAGAAGCCUCCGGAAAGCCUUGGCAAAAUCAGAAAAAAUCUCCGGAAGCAGCGAAGAGUACUUCUCAGGCCAGAAUGCGAUGCGCAGGGCUGACGACCUCGAGGUGGUGAUUGAUCGCACCGGUGAGCUCUCGGAGAAACGAGCGGUUUCCAAGCUGGUCAGAGGUGACUCUACUGUGGUUCGUCAUCAAACGGAGAAAAUGAAGUUCUCUGUGAAGUUGAUCAUCUACGCCGCGGGAAUUUUCAUCUCGUACGCGGUUUUUGGUAUUUUUCAAGAGAAAAUUCUCCGCGGUCGCUACGGAGCCGAUCGGGAACGAUUCGAAUAUCCCUUCACGUUGCUGUUCUUGCAAUGUUUCGUGAAUGCCGCGCUGGCCAGGAUUCUCCUCAGCACAAUCUGGAAACAAGGCCGAGACCUCACCACCUACGGAUACUACAUCUCGGCGUCGUUCUUCUACAUGCUCGCCAUGCUCACGAGCACCGCAGCGCUGAAGUACGUGAACUAUCCGACGCAGGUCGUUGCAAAGUCGUGUAAGCCGAUUCCCGUCAUGCUGCUUGGCGUACUUCUCGCUCGGAAACGGUAUUCCCUCUUGAAGUAUUGCUUCGUCACCCUGAUCGUUGUCGGCGUUGCGAUAUUCUCCUACAAAAACGACAAAGGUGCUGCGGGCGAGAGCUCCCUUUUUGGAAACACGUUCCUGUGCAUCUCUUUGAUUUCCGACGGUCUCAUCGCCGCUCUGCAGGAUAGGAUGCGGCAGAACUUCCAGUCGAAAUCUCUGCACAUGAUGAGCCAGCUCAACUUCUUCUCCGUCGUGUACGUCUCGGUGGCCAUUGUUUUCACCGGCGAGUUCCCGCUGUUCCUGAAUUUCGUUCAGAAGUACCCCCAGGUCUUGGGCGAACUGGCUCUUUUCGCUGGGUGUUCGGCGGUCGGGCAGAUAUUCAUCUACUCGAUGGUGGCGGAGUUCGGACCCUUGAACUGCUCGAUUGUCACCACGUGUCGGAAGCUAUUCACCGUGCUCUGCUCGAUUCUCCUGUUCGGGAACGCUCUCAACACUCAACAGUGGAUAGGUACCGUGUUGGUGUUCGUGGGCCUGUUCCUGGAUGCGUUCUUUGGCAAAUCUGGUCAAGCUGUCAAAAAGGCGUAAAAAGAGUCCUCCCGGAGGAUCUCUGACCGUCUUCGACCAUCCUUCCGAGGCUGCUCCCUCUUGCCGAAACCCUGGUAUUCAUUUUCGAUGUGUCUCCGGAUCUGUACAGCCCCUCUAUUCUCGGUGAUACAUCGUGAUGCGAACCUUUAAUUUAAGAAAGCUCUCAUUAUCAAAGUGGACUGCUUCGUGGUGUUGGUCAUGAUGACUGUAUGCCCGACAGCGGGAGAUCCAGCAGACUGCGGGGUAUAACACGUCCCCGGGAUUCGCGUCUUGCUUCGAGUGACUUUUCCUCUCAUUAUGGGGAUUGUAAUACGAAUACCCUAUUCUAAGCGAAAUUCCUAUCCUGAGAAACCUUGUCCAUCACGAGAAGAACAUUUGUCUUGGGUAACCGAUUUGGGCGGAGCGACGGAAGCACCGUUUUUAUUUUCAAAGAGCGUCGGGAACACCGGGGAGUCGACGUGCAGUCUCCCGAGCUUCGUGCUCCCCGCCGUCGAAACGCUCUGUAAGACGGGACUUGCGGACAGAUAUCUACCCCCUGACUAGAGGCUCGAUAAAGCAGGGACGAGAAGUCCGUGAGUGCAAUUUACUUAUCAAUCUUGAGGGAAUCAGUCUGGAGGGUUCAAUUGUUGCUCCGAGGAGCUUCUCGAUAUGAGUCUCUGAGCAACGUGGCUGAAGCUGAAUCAUCCGCGAUUUCCGAAACUAGAGGGGGAAACAAUGGCAGUAAAAUCGAAGGGUAACACGAGCUCAUUCCGCACAAGCCUGGUAUCUCGGAGUCACUGUUUCAGUCGUUAUUCUUGACAUCCAUCGACCCUGUGAAUUAUUUAUCAUAGAGUACGUUUUCGUUUAUAUAUCUGUUCAUUAUUCUACGGACGAGACUUUGAACUUAUCGAGAAAUUCUGCGUGAGACGGGUUUUAAAACUCAGCUCAUAUGCGGGUGACUUCAUACAGAAGACUUGGAGCGAUUUAGGGGAAAUUAUGUUCGAGGGGAAACGAAUGUCUAAAAAGAGUCUGGAAGCGUGGUACGGGAUAGAGGAUCUGAGGCGAUGAUUUCCCAAGGUUCAUGUAUGUAGAUCGUCGCACAGGCCUGGAAAUCGUUGUCCCGAGCCUGACGAGUGUGAUAAUAAAUCUUUGAACCUCAAUAAAAGUGUA